CACAGAAAGAAAUCAAGAAAUCAAGUUGGGUUUAUCCACCCACCCUGCUUCCACAGAAGCUGACGAGCCAAAAGACGAAACCAGACAGAUAAAUGAAAUCAGUCAGAGUUAAAGUAAUAAGUCUGAUGGUGGCUAAUUGAGUUAAAGCUAACAUGGGAAGCGUCGCUGAUGCUAACAGAGGAGAAUUGAGUUCAAGCUAACAUGCGAAGCAUAGCUGAUGCUAGGAUAAUGCUACUGCUUAGCAAACUGAGCCCGUCAAAUAAUCAAUCAGAGCUGCCGAACAAAGUAUAAAAACUAAGUUUGUUAAAUUUACCUUGUAGUUUACGGGGGUGUUUAACACUUUGAAAUGUCUGCAUUUUGUGUGGGUGCUACAUAGUAGAGGAAGGCACUACAUCACAUUUUCAAGUUGAUCCGAUACCAAGGAAAUACCGGGACAGUAUUAUAUUUUAUUUUUAUUUUAUUUAUUUUAAGUGGUCCACGUGUGUUAUAAUGUAAUCAAAAAAUCUGAAAUGCGAAUAUGAGAUGAUGCACUGUAUUGUAUGUCUACAAAAAUGAACAAAUUGCAGUAACACUGAGGGAACGGAAACGGGGAGGACCCACUUUCCCACUUCUGCUUUUUCCACCCACUAGUAAAUGUCCCAUUCUAAUGCAUGCUGUGGGUUGCUUCAACGAUGAAAGAGAGGUGGAUUGUUUUGCUAUUUAUUUCAAAUGCAUGGAGCGGAGACUGGGGCGUCAUGUUCAAGGAUCAGUGUGCUUUGGAAGGGACCACACUGCGUAUUGCGUGCAAGUAUGACUACCCUUUUGGUCAUAUUGUCACUUCGGCUGCCUGGUUCAAAGGUCAGCGGAGGUCUGGUCAGUGGGUCCUGUAUUCCCUGCCAAGUUUGCCAACAUCGGCGUCAAGCCAAGUUCACUUUGAAUAUGUGGGCACCUACCGGGGAGACUGCAGCUUGAAGAUCAAUAACUUAAAACGUUCCGAUGAAGGAUUUUACUUCUUUCGUUUUGUGACCACACUCAGCAGCUGGACCAGCAAACGUCCACUUUAUUUAUCAGUGAAAGAACUGACGGCUGUUUUGGAGCCAAGCACAGUGACGGAAGGCCAACGGGUCAGUCUGUCCUGUGAGACGGGUUGUGCCACACAGCUCCAGACGGUGUGGUACCGAGAUGGGAAACUGGUACCAAAUCCGGUCUUCUGGGCGAGAAAAAAUAAUUCUGGGAACUACUAUUGCACUGUCCUUGGACGGAAGUCAGCCUCUGUUGCUUUGAAUGUUCAAUAUGCUCCAAACAAUGUUGUGUUCUCAAUGAAGCCUGCAGGACACGUCCUCAACGGAAGUGCAGUGACUCUCAGCUGCAGCAGCGACGCCAACCCACCUGUGCCACAGGGUGGAUACAGCUUGUUUAAGGACAAACAGUUAAUAAGUUCUGGACCGAGCUACACCAUCUCUUUUCCUCAGCCCAGCCACAGUGGACUGUACCACUGCCAGGCCUCCAAUAAUAUCAGCAGGAGGGGCAACACAUAUGUUAACUCUCCUGAGGUGAACCUAGAUGUGCAGUAUCUGCCAAGUGUUGCCGGGGGUAGCAGUGUCAACAUAGCAUGCAGCAGCGCAGCCAACCCUGCAAACCGCAGCUUCAUCUGGUAUAAGUGGAGCAGCCCCAGCUCCCUGCUCCAAGUGGGCUCAGGACAGGUACUGUCUCUUCCCUCCACGAACGGAUCCCACACGGGAAUCUACCUCUGCCAGGUCAAGAACCUUCUUGGGGUCACCAACUCGACAAAAGUGCUGCUGGCAAUGGAGGAAAAUAAUUCUGGUCAUCAGGCCCUACUGAUACUUGCUGGAUUUGGAGUGUGUCUUUUGGGGUCCCUUGUCAUAGCUCUUCUUUUGCUGUGGACCAAACACAGGCGUGAGCAUGAAAAAAGGGUGCCGUUACAUUCCCAAUAUGUCAGCCAUGCAGAUGCUGAAGAUCAGUCCAACAGUGUUUAUGCCAACGUCAACAUAUCAACACCGUCUCCUCAACCUCCACCACGCAGAUACUCCAAGCAACAACAUGCUAAUGUCAUGCACCAGUAUGGGCAUGUGAAAACACGGCGCCAUCGCUCACAACAAGCACGUAAUGGCCGCUUCUCUAAUUCUAUUGAUAAACAUGAUGAGGUUACUUACUCUACAGUCACCAUCCAAGCCAAAAACCCUCAAGAAUCCAGGUUCAAAAUGGGGGAGAAUGACACAACAAUAUAUUCCGUUGUGGCUAAUUCCAGAUGAAUGAUACAGUUUUAGCAGCAGCAUCAUUAUGUCACACAUUUCUUCACAUGAUAUUUAAGUGUUUGUGAGACUUAUUUUGGAAUCCUGUGCAUUAAUGACUCGAAAAUACAAUAUUUACUUAUGCAGUAUUUCUGUAAGAAUUCCCAAGAGUGUUUUUUUUUUGCAUCCAUAAUACUAUACUUUACAAUAAAUCCCA